AUGUCGUUACGGGACCCCCCGCAGUCUCGGCCCAUUCGGCGGCUGCUGGUCGCUAAUAGAGGUGAAAUUGCUGUCCGAAUCUUGCAUGCAGCGAGAGAGUUGCCAACUCCCGUCGAGACAGUCGCAUUAUAUACCUCAGACGAUAGUUCGCACAUUGACCUGGGGCGCCCGGAUCAAGCAAUCCAGGUUGCUUCUGCAUCAUCUUAUCAAGAUGCCCAAUUAAUUGUCAACCUAGCUUACAAGCAUUCGAUUGAUGCAGUGCAUCCAGGUUACGGAUUCCUUAGCGAGGACCCAGAGUUCGCGCGGCGCAUGUGGAUCGAUGCCAACGCAAUCGUGAUCGGACCUGGGUCGGAGAAUCUUGCCCGCACGGGUGAUAAGCUUCAGGCGAAAUUACUUGCACAGCAAUGUGGAGUUCCCGUAUUGGAGGCUAUGAGCCAGUCUACCUCCAAUGUGGAUGAAGCGCGUGCCUUUGCCAGACAGGUCGGUUUUCCCGUUAUGAUUAAAGCCGUGGAUGGCGGAGGUGGACGGGGAAUCCGCCUUGUCCGCAAGGAGCCGGAGCUCGAUAAUAGCAUUCAGCGUGCUAUUGGCGAGUCACCUUCUCGGACUGUCUUCUUAGAGAAGGCUGCUGUUGAUGGGUUCCAUCAUAUCGAGAUCCAAGUCAUUGGUGAUGGCACAGGUCAAGUGCGACACCUUUGGGAGAGAGACUGUAGUGUACAGCGACGAUUCCAGAAAGUCGUUGAGAUUGCCCCAGCCUUGAUGCGCGACCGGGCUUUGGUCGCUCGAGUUAUCAGCUCGGCACUGAAAAUGGCCAGCGCAAUCCGAUAUCGAUCGCUCGGCACAUUUGAAUUCUUGGUUAACGAAGAAAAGGGUGAAUUCUAUUUCCUGGAAGUCAACCCCCGCCUGCAAGUUGAGCAUACCAUCACCGAGUCUAUCAGCGGUAUUGAUCUGGUGCAGACACAGCUCAGGCUGGCCCAAGGCGAGUCCUUCGGUGAUCUCGGCUUGGGUUCUGCUGUCAACGCAAAUGUGCCGCCGCCACCAAAUUCCUUCUCAAUCCAGCUUCGUCUUUGUGCAGAGGAUCCAAGCAAUAACUUUGCUCUCAGCAUAGGCAAAGUGACAGAGUUUUUUGUCCCCAGUGGACACGGUAUCCGAGUUGAUAGCAACGUCAACACUUCUGGAGGCUCUGGUCUUGUCGUGGGAUCGAAUUUUGAUAAUCUCCUGGCCAAGGUCAUCGUCACUGGGUCAACAUGGCAAGCCACCGUCAGAAAAGCCCAGCGGGUGCUGUCUGACUCCAAGAUAUUCGGUGUUAAAACAAACAUCAAUCUCCUCAGGGGCAUUGUGGCGCAUGUCGAUUUUAUGGCGGGCAAAAUCGACACGCAGUGGCUAGGAAUGAAGCUCGAUGAAGCUCACGAGCUGGGAGAACGCAUAUCGAAGAGGAUUCAAAGUAACGAAAAGGUCGUUAUUCCUGCGCAACCGGCAGCCCAGGCCGGACUGCCUUCCAAUCUACUAUUCCGCAAAGGCGACGCAUGGUCUAUUACGCUGGAACCACUCGAUAAAUCGUCAGAAAAGGUUGCCCAUCAUUUGAAGCUCUCGCGAGUCCUUCGCAAUGAGUUCCCAACCGCUCUCGCCGCUGAUAUUGAGUAUACCACUCCCACAUCACAGACUGCCAUACCAUAUCGCAUGCAGCUAGAGACGACGACCACCGCCGCGUCGGCCUUGGUCUCAUCUUCACACCGUCGUGGAGACCCCAAUAACCCGCGACAUGUCGUUCUUCCACUCUCUGGCAGACUUAUUGAGAUAUUGGUUGCCGAAGGAGAUACCGUCGCCGAGAAUCAGGUAUUGGCCUUUGUCAAGCAGAUGAAGAUGGAGCUGGAGGUACGCAGUCCGCACGCUGGAAAGGUGAAAUGGGUUCAUGAGAUGGAAGACGAGGAGGAAGAUGUUGCUGAAGGCAUGCUGCUUGUUGAACUCGACGAAAAACAAGACCCAGGGCAUGUGCGAGGAAAGUUGUGA